AUGCCUUCCAUUCGAUGCCUCCAUUCUGCUAGCCGUACAAUGGCCUCUAUCCGAACCAUUCAAUGCCGACAGCCGGCUUCCAUUCGAGCCUUUUCUUCUACACCACUCCGAGCUGCGACUCAGGGGUAUGGAGAUGGAAAGGGCCACCCAAUGGCCGAGAAUCCUCAAGAUCAAGGUGCCUCAAACAACACAAAGCAUAAUGCAGAACACCCUGGUCCUGAGCCAGUAUCUGAGGGACAAGGAACCGGUGCCGGCCCAACAAAAGGCGGUUCUGGUUCUGGUGGUCCAAAAUCUCCUGAAGAUGCAUCGGCACAAUCUGGAGGAUCAAGAUCGAGGGAAGCAAAGGAGACUGGAUCCAGCCCUACAGGUGGUUCUAUCAAGGAGAACGGAGAGGAGAAGAGUGUCAAAGGAGCUUCACCCAAGAUUCAUUCUGAAGACGAGCCGGGAGUGAAGAGUUCGAGCAAACAAGCUGAGGUUGAGAAGCAUAACAGGGAGUUCAGAAAGGGACAUGACAGAGGUGCACAGAAGGUCUAA